AUGAGCCGCCGUGACCGCGAUCCCGGGGUUCCGCCGCCUCUCACCGUGGCCCCGGGGCGGCUGGCGGCGGCGGCGGCUGCACGGGGCGCGGAGCGAGAGGAGCUGGCGGCACUGAACGAUCGUUUCGCCGCUUUCCUGGAGCGGGUCCGGGCGCUGGAACGGCAGAACGAGACCCUCCGUGCCGCCCUGGGCCGCGCCACCGCCGCCACCGGGCCCCGCACCGGGCUGGUGCAGGGGGAGCUGCGGGGGCUGCGGGAGCGGCUGCAGCGCCUCGGUCGCGACCGGGAUCGGCUCCAGGCUGAGCGGGACGGGCUCGCCACCGACCUGGCGGCCCUGCGGCAGCGGCUGGAGGACGAGACACAGAAACGUGAGGAUGCGGAGAAGAGUCUGGUGCUGUUCCGCAAGGACGUGGACCACGCCACGCUGUCUCGCCUGGAGCUGGAGCGCAAGGUCGAGCUGCUGAUGGACGAGAUCGGCUUCCUCAAGAAGCUGCACGAGGAGGAGCUGCGGGACCUGGAGGUGAGUGCCCCGAGCCCGGCGGGGCUGGCAGAGGUGGAGGUCUGCAAGCCGGAGCUGACGGCUGCGCUGCGGGAGAUCCGCACCCAGUACGAGAGCAUCGCUGUCAAGAACCUGCAGGAAGCCGAGGAAUGGUACAAGUCAAAGUUUGCCGACCUCUCAGAUGCAGCAAACCGUAACCACGAGGCUCUGCGGCUGGCCAAGCAGGAGAUGAACGAGUCCCGGCGGCAGAUCCAGAGCCUGACCUGCGAGGUGGACGGGCUGAAGGGCGUGAACGAGGCGCUGACACGGCAGAUGCGGGAGAUGGAGGAUGAGUUCGGGGAGGAGAUCGGGAACUACCAGGAUGUGGUGGGGAGGCUGGAACAGGAGAUCCAGCAGAUGAAGGAGGAGAUGGCGCGGCACCUGCGCGAGUACCAGGACCUGCUGAACGUCAAGAUGGCCCUGGACAUCGAGAUUGCCACAUACCGCAAGCUGCUGGAGGGCGAGGAGAGCCGGAUCACCAUCCCACUGCAGCCCACCAGUUCCUUCAGCAUGAGAAGCUCAGUGCUGGAGCCCCAGCCUGCGGAGAGCUCGGCACGGAGGAUGGUGCUCAUCAAAACCAUCGAGACACGGGAUGGGCAGCAAGUGGUGACCGAGUCGCACAAGGAGCGAGCAGGGAAGUGACAGAGAGGAGCUGCUGCGAUGGCCCCGACCCCAUGGACCGACGGGCACUCCCGGUAUCCCGGAGGGCUCCAGGCCCACGGAGUGUCCGGCCGGAGCGGGCUCGGUGCUCCCGGAGCGGGCUCGGUGCUCCCGGAGCAUCGCGGGACCGGGGCUGGCACCGCCGGGAGCGCCGCGCUCAUUCCCUACCGGCACCGCCAGAGGGCGCCACCGACCCGGCCCGAUCGCUGCCGCGCGUUAAUUACGUAUUAA